AUGUCUUCAACUUCAAAAACGACCUCGACAUCCUCCAUCACCUUAAGAGAAACCCCAAGUAAAACCCGCAACACCACCCCCACAAAAUCCACCACCUCAUCCCCCAUCCCACUCCUCUUCACCCUCCCCACCGAACUCCUAGACCUCAUCUACGAAUUCACCUUCUCCGACUUCACAGUCCACAUCGGCGCCCGCUUCUGCAACUACGGCCAAGACCGCUUCGGCUACGCCGGCUGGAAAGCAGUCACUCUCCACGGUAAUCCUAAUACCGGGAUCAUUGCGACUUGUAAACAGAUGCGGGCGGAGACACAGAGACUCUACUACGAGAGAGGCGUGUUUUCUUUCGAAGACGCAAAAGCGUGCGACACAUGGCUUCUGCGGAGUGUCCCACCGGAGAUGUACAGUGCCAUUCGAGUUCUCCGCGUGCCAACGCCCUGGUGCGAGGAUAUGUUCGAGGACCUGGAGAAGAAAAGGUUUACCUACGAAGGUAGUUGCGUCGCGAGGUUGAUUAACGACCGGGCGCUGUAUACGCUCCGCGAAGCGCGGGCGGAGAUUGGGCAGGAGAUAUUGGGGAGGUUGUCGGGGGGUGUGUUAAGGGCUAAGGCGGUUGAUCGGAUGUUCGGGGUUGUGUGGACGUCGAUGCCGUGGGAGUUGGGAUUUUGUAUGGAGGUGAGCAGUAGGGCGUGA